AUUCUGCAUCCAGCUCUAGGAACAAGAAGAAAAAAAGAUUUUUGAGUGGAGGGGGGACUUAAAUGAUGCACUCUACAAUAUCAAUGGCACACAGAGGAUCAAUUGUGAGCCAAGAUCAAUGGAUUUCACAAGCUAACUGGCUGGAACUCAAAACAGACUUCAUUUUUGUUGAUCAGAGGAAGAAAAAAAAGGUUUUCCUAGAAAUCUGUGAUCUGUAAGAGGGGCAGCAGCUGAAUUCUGUAAUGAUGGACUUAAGCAGAGGGGGCCUCAGGGGUGUAAAGGUUAAGGAACCUGUCUGCCAAAGGCAAACAAAUUUGCUAGCCUUGAGUAAAGUCCACUGGGGCUCACACAGUGGAGGUGACAAAAAAGACAAAUCAUCCCAGAAUCAGAGCACCGUCCUCGGGCAGGCAGAGGUUGUGUUAUCAUGGAUCUUCUCCACAGUUGGGGGGUUGAACUGGCGGUUCAUCUGCAGACCAAAUACAGCAGGUAUGAGGGCUUGUUUGGCCUGGCGUCCACUGUGGCCGAUCUGCACACCACGUUCUUCUGCUUCUUCCCAAUCUGGUUCCACCUGCGGAGGGACACCGGGCUCAGGCUCAUCUGGGUGGCUGUCCUCGGAGAUUGGCUCAACUUGGUCCUGAAAUGGGUUCUGUUUGGGGAAAGACCCUACUGGUGGGUUCAUGAGACCCGGUUUUAUGGAGCUGGACCGGUCCCGUCUCUGCAGCAGUUUCCCAUCACUUGUGAGACUGGACCAGGAAGCCCUUCAGGUCAUGCUAUGGGUGCAGCUGGUGUCUGGUAUGUGAUGGUAACAGCGCUGCUCUCUAUUGCAACAGAGAAGCGAUGCCCCCCUUUACUGUACAGAUUCUUGCAGCUAGGCCUGUGGAUGCUAAUGGGUCUGGUAGAGCUGGUGGUCUGCAUGUCCAGGGUCUACAUGGCUGCCCACUUCCCACAUCAGGUCAUUGCUGGAGUCAUUACAGGUGUACUUGUAGCUGAGGUGGUCUCAAAGGAGAAAGGGAUCUACAAUGCCAGCAUGAAGAAAUACUUCUACACAACCCUCUUCUUGACCUCCUUCGCUGUUGGCUUCUACCUCCUGCUCAAAGCUCUGGGCGUGGACCUGCUGUGGACCCUGGAGAAAGCCCAGAAAUGGUGCGUGAAGCCCGAGUGGGUCCACCUGGACAGCACGCCCUUCGCCAGCCUCCUGCGUAACAUGGGUACCCUGUUGGGCCUGGGUCUGGGUCUGCACUCGCCCCUUUACACAGAGACCAAGAAGACGAAAACAAGCACCAGUUUCAAACUUGGAUGUAUUGUCGUCUCCUUAUUUCUGCUUCAGCUGCUGGACGGAUGGACAUUUUCUUCUGAAAAUCUUGUGACUUUCUACUUCCUGUCAUUUGGUAAAAGUGUGGUUGCACUUUUAAUCCCAACCACUCUGGUUCCGUGGGCUUUCUGCUGGAUUUGCAAGGAGAAGAAAGAAGACAAGAACUUGUGAUUCAGGUCCAACCUGUAGUUUCAACUCAAUUACUAGUUUAAUUUCCAUGUUUAAGACACAAGGACAUUUAAUGUCACAACAUUGUUCCUGAAGUUAUUGCGCUUGCCUGAAUAUCAGUUCCUUAAAGGAAUAUGUACUGUAGUCUGACAUUUUGGUAAAUAGCCUGUUAGCUUAGUUUAAAUGUUAGUUUAACCAACCAGCACUUGUAAAACACAGCGCUAUUUCUUGGCCAUGGGCAUUGACUUCCCUGCAGUCUCAGCUGAAUGCCUGGCAACGUCACAGUAAAACCACAGAUCCUUUGUACACCUAAACAAAUAAGAUAUAUUUAUUAGUGAGCUUUAGAGGUGUUCUAAACAGAUGUAGUUACUUUUAGACAAAGCCAGGCUAGCUUUUCCCACCUGUUUCCAGUCUUUGUGCUAAGCUAGGCUAACCGCCUCCUGGCUCAGGCUCCAUACUUAAUGCACUGAUAUAAAAGUGGUCCGGGAAUCAAAUUAUAGUUGUUUAUUUUUGUCUGUAUUUGGCCUUCAAGGUCUCUCAUUGUUGUCAUGUAUACAAAUAUACACACAGCUUCAGCUUAUUAAUGCAUAAAUGGAUGAAGAAUAUUGCGAGCAAUUUCAAUAAAAACAGUUUUUAUAACCA